UUCAAGAACAGGGACUGAGUUCAGUAAUGGAGUCUUGGCUACUUCCUUUUCUGUUAGCUCUCUCUCUUCUCUUUCGUUACAGCGGCGCGGAAGUUCACUACCAUGAGUUUGUGGUGCAAGCGACGCCAGUGAAGAGGCUGUGCAAGACCCACAACAUCAUCACGGUGAACGGGCAGUUCCCCGGGCCGACCAUAGAGGUAAAGAACGGAGACACGCUGGUGAUCAACGUUGUUAACCGAGCGAGAUACAACGUCACGCUUCACUGGCACGGGGUGCGGCAAAUGAGGACGGCGUGGGCGGACGGACCGGAGUUCGUGACGCAGUGCCCGAUCCGGCCAGGCGGCAGCUACAGGUACCGGUUCACGAUCGAGGGACAGGAGGGGACGCUGUGGUGGCACGCCCACAGCUCCUGGCUCAGGGCUACUAUUUACGGAGCUCUCAUCAUCCACCCCAAGGAUAACUCCUGCCCAUUCACCAAGCCCAAGAGAGAAAUACCUGUUCUCCUUGGAGAGUGGUGGAAUAGGAAUCCCAUUGACGUCGUGCGGCGAGCUACGCGCACCGGAGCAGCUCCCAACAACUCCGACGCCUUCACCAUCAAUGGCGAGCCCGGUGAUCUCUACAAAUGCUCCCGCAAAGACACCACAGUGAUUCCGGCGAUGGCUGGAGAGACCAAUCUCUUCCGGUUCAUCAAUGCGGCGCUGAACACCGAGCUCUUCGUCGCGAUCGCGGGUCACAAGAUGACCGUCGUCGGAGCCGACGCGUCCUACACCAAGCCCUUCACCACUUCGGUGCUCAUGCUUGGACCGGGGCAGACCACCGACGUGCUCGUCACCAUGGACCAGCCGGUGUCUCGCUACUACAUCGCUGCCCGGGCUUACGCCAGCGCGCAGGGCGUGCCCUUCGAUAACACCACCACCACCGCCAUCCUCGAGUACGACUGCGGGUGCUCCGAACCGGUACGGGUCGUGCAGCCUGCAUUCCCCGCCCUCCCGGCCUACAACGACACCAGAGCCGCCUCCGCCUUCUCCGCCGGCAUCAAAAGCCUCUCCAGGGUUAGGGUUCCCGGGCCGGUCGACGAGAACCUCUUCUUCACCGUGGGCUUGGGCUUGUUCGGUUGCCCUGCAGGGAAGACCUGCGGCGGGCCGAACAACACUCGCUUCGGGGCGAGCAUGAACAAUGUCUCCUUUGUGUUGCCCAACAGCUACUCCAUUCUCCAAGCCCACUACCAAGGCGUGCCCGGCGUCUUCACCACCGACUUCCCGGCGGUGCCGCCGGUGCAGUUCGAUUACACCUCCCAAAACAUCAGCCGCAGUCUGUGGCAGCCGAUCGCGGGGACGAAGGUCUACAAGCUCAAGUACGGCUCCGUGGUCCAGCUGGUGCUGCAAGGCACCAACAUCUUCGCCGCCGAGAACCAUCCCAUCCACAUCCACGGCUACGACUUCUACAUCCUCGCGGAGGGGUUCGGAAACUUCAACCCAGCCAAGGACAACGCCAAGUUCAACCUCGUCGACCCGCCGAUGAGGAACACGGUGGGAGUGCCGGUGAACGGCUGGGCGGUCAUCCGAUUCGUGGCGGACAACCCAGGAGUGUGGCUCAUGCAUUGCCAUUUGGACGUUCACAUUACCUGGGGGUUGGCCAUGGCGUUCCUGGUGGAGGAUGGAGUGGGAGAGCUGCAGUCCUUGGAGGCCCCUCCGGUUGACCUGCCUCCAUGCUGAACAUAUUCAUAGAUUUCUUGCCCUUCAUAUCAAAUAUUAUAUCGUAUUUAAUUCAUAUGCUUUAUAUCGUUCAGGAAUGAAUCAUAAAUGCAACGAACAUUAUGUUUGUUACAGUCGAGCGAAAUUUGAUAUGCUCUCACAAGUAUAUCAGAUCUUUUUUUUUUGCG